CAACUCCCAGGCCACGCUGUGGGCACGGCGCAUGUGCAGGCGGCGCCACCUUCUCUCUUCUCGGCUGCCGAGCGGACGGUGUACGCGGUCAAGAUGGCGCUCACCAGUUUUUUGCCAGCUCCAACCCAGCUGUCCCAAGAUCAGCUAGAACUAGAAGAAAGAGCAAGAGCUCAGAGAUCCAGACAGACUGCUCUGGUCUCCUCACGAAGGGAACCUCCCCCAUAUGGUUACCGGAAAGGAUGGAUACCACGGGUGCUAGAGGAUUUUGGAGAUGGGGGUGCUUUCCCAGAAAUUCAUGUGGCCCAAUAUCCAUUGGAUAUGGGCCGAAAAAAGAAAAUGUCCAAUGCUUUGGCAGUUCAGGUGGAUGCAGAAGGAAAGAUAAAAUAUGAUGCAAUUGCUCGACAAGGACAGUCAAAGGACAAGGUACUGUUUCUUCCAAUAUGUCAUCUGGCAUGUAUACUUGAAAAAGUUGUAUGUAUGCAUUGCAUAUACUUGAACUCAUUGAUGACACUUGAGGUCCUAACUAAUUUUGAGGCGAUCAGAGAGGUAUUGUAUGCACUGAUGUGCCUAGUUAGCAGUGGUAAGCUUUAUGUCUUGCAACAGGAUAAGAUGUGCACUGUGGUAUUUUUUCUUCAGAUAACAGAGAAGACAAGAGCAGCCUUGGAGAAAUCAGUCUCCCAAAAAGUUGCAGCAGCCAUGCCUGUUCGAGCUGCUGACAAACUAGCUCCUGCACAGUACAUUCGGUACACACCAUCUCAGCAAGGAGUUGCAUUCAACUCUGGAGCAAAACAGAGAGUUAUUCGGAUGGUGGAAAUGCAGAAGGAUCCCAUGGAGCCUCCAAGAUUCAAAAUUAACAAGAAGAUUCCACGAGGACCACCAUCUCCUCCAGCACCUGUAAUGCACUCUCCAAGUAGAAAGAUGACUGUGAAAGAGCAGCAAGAGUGGAAAAUUCCUCCAUGCAUUUCAAACUGGAAAAAUGCAAAGGGUUACACCAUUCCAUUAGAUAAGCGUCUGGCUGCAGAUGGGAGAGGAUUGCAGACUGUUCAUAUUAAUGAAAACUUCGCCAAACUUGCUGAGGCACUCUAUAUUGCUGACAGAAAGGCUCGUGAGGCAGUAGAGAUGCGUGCCCAGGUGGAGAGGAAGAUGGCUCAGAAGGAAAAGGAGAAACACGAGGAAAAGCUCCGAGAAAUGGCUCAGAAAGCCAGGGAGAGAAGAGCAGGGAUCAAAACCCAUGUUGAAAAAGAGGAUGGAGAAGCUAGAGAAAGAGAUGAAAUCAGACAUGACCGGCGCAAAGAAAGACAGCAUGACAGAAAUCUUUCUCGGGCAGCCCCUGAUAAAAGGUCAAAGCUGCAAAGAAACGAGAACAGAGAUAUCAGUGAAGUUAUUGCCCUGGGGGUCCCCAACCCCAGGCCAUCCAAUGAAAUUCAGUAUGACCAGAGGCUGUUCAACCAGAGCAAGGGUAUGGACAGUGGGUUUGCUGGAGGAGAGGAUGAAAUUUAUAAUGUUUAUGACCAGCCUUGGAGAAGUGGCAAGGAUAUGGCCCAAAACAUCUACAGGCCAAGUAAAAAUGUGGAUAAGGACAUGUAUGGUGAUGAUCUAGAGGCUCGAAUAAAGACUAACAGGUUUGUUCCCGACAAAGAGUUUUCCAACUCGGAUCGUAACACCAGAGGCAGGGGCAGAGAUGGACCAGUUCAGUUUGAAGAGGAUCCAUUUGGUUUGGACAAGUUUCUGGAAGAAGCUAAGCAACAUGGUGGUUCUAAACGGCCAUCAGACAGCAGCCGCCCUAAGGAACAUGAGCAUGAGAGCAAAAAGAGGAGGAAGGACUGAAUGCCUCUGUUCCUUGAGAGGUAGAGAAAUGGACUGCAAGCUUGGACUUCAUGCUAAAGGAUUUUUAAUAUUGGGUGUACAGGAGGACAGCGUUGUAACACAGCAGCUCACAAUUCUGGCCGUGUGGAUAUAUACACACACUUAAUUCGUCUACAUAGGACAGCUACCCAAGGAGACGGAAGACAUGGAGACCACUUUGAAACAUUUCAUAAGGGAAUUAAUUACUGUUUAGCAAGUUCUCCUAUUUUGCUGAUUCCCCAUUGCCCAGCAUCUCAGGGUAAGAAUGUAGCCCCCUUCCUACAGCUUUAGUUUUUGUAGGUAGCUAAAGCUUUGACUUGAUCUGUUAAAAACUUUCCUGCUGUAUAUAAUGAUUGUCUUAUGUUGUAACAGAUGCUGGGGUGUUAAUGAUUCAGUGUUUCAGUGUGGCUAUACAGUUUAUUUGAACAAGGGAGGGGAAACAGCUGGCUUCUGGUUUAAAACAAGUACUCAUUCAUAGUUUCUCAGUAAUCUUUAUUUUAGUUUCUUUAAAUUUAGUGAAAUAAAGCCUCCUUCCAUCA